CAGUCUGAAGAAAGUGACAGCGAGGAAGAUGUCGCCGACGGGGACCUCUCUGCAGUGAAGCCCGGCUUCCUUGAGCCAUGCAAGAUGGUACUCGUCGUCCGUACUGACCUCGGGAUGUCCACUGGCAAAGUAGCAGCACAGCACGCCACUCUCGCCUGUUACAAGAUUCUACAGAAGACCAAUCCUGCUCUUUUGAGACAUUGGGAGCGGACAGGGCAAGCCAAAAUCGCUUUGAAGGCGAACUCAGAAGAUGAGCUACUAGAGCUAGAAGCGAUAGCGAAGAGCUUGAACCUGGCGGCUCGCUCGAUAGUUGAUGCCGGCCGCACACAAAUCGCUGCGGGCUCACGCACGGUGCUGGGCAUUGGUCCUGCUCCUGUGGAACUCAUCAACAAGGUGACGGGGAAGCUGCGCCUGCUAUGA